CCUCAAAAAGGCUUAUCUUUCCCUGCUUGAGAGCCAAUUUACAACAGCCUGUUUGAAAGCAGAACAGCCAAACAAGAGGUAGAAUUCAGUCGCUCCUAGAGAAGGUAGGAAGAAUUUGAUAGGGAGAGCCAAUGGGCUGCCUGCAUUUGCCUCCACACGCUCUGCACAGCAUCCAUGGUGGGAAAUCUCUUAUCUCUUUUAUCCCUUCUCCAAUCUCUUUUCUCAAACCAAACUUUGCUGUUCAACCAAAUUGCACCUCUGCUUUCUCCAAUGGUUAUAAUACAAGAACUAUAUCCCUUUUUUAUCCUAGUAUGUUGACCAGUGGACGCUCUGUUUUACAAGGAGCACGUGGCAUGCGGUUCAGGACAAGAAGUAUACGAGCGUCGGUACAGCCUGUGACAGAGGAAUUGAUGGAGGAUAAGACUCAGGAAAACCCUGUAAGUGGGGAUUCCAUACGCAGCCGGUUUCUUGAUUUCUAUGCUUCACGGGGCCAUAAGGUUCUCCCAAGUGCUUCUCUUGUGCCGGAUGAUCCUACUGUUCUUUUGACAAUUGCAGGAAUGCUUCAGUUCAAGCUUGUAUUCCUCGGAAAGGCUCCCAAACAAGUACCUCGAGCUACAACAGCUCAAAGGUGCAUUCGCACAAAUGAUGUGGAGAAUGUUGGCCGAACAGCCCGACAUCAUACUUUUUUCGAGAUGCUUGGGAACUUCAGUUUCGGAGAUUACUUCAAGAAAGAAGCAAUUAAAUGGGCAUGGGAGCUUUCAACAAAGGAAUUUGGGCUACCAGGUGACAGAUUAUGGGUCAGCGUAUAUGAAAAUGAUGAUGAAGCUUUUGAAAUAUGGCAUGAUGAGGUGGGUGUUCCCGUUGAGCACAUAAAAAGGAUGGGUGAAGAAGACAACUUUUGGACCAGUGGGAUUACUGGUCCUUGUGGUCCGUGCUCGGAGCUCUAUUAUGAUUUUCAUCCUGAAAUGGGAUAUUUGGAUGUGGAUCUUGGAGAUGAUACUAGGUUUAUAGAGUUCUAUAAUCUAGUUUUCAUGCAGUACAAUAAAAUGGAUGAUGGCUCACUUGAACCCUUAAAACAAAAGAACAUAGAUACUGGUCUUGGCCUAGAGCGUCUGGCUCGCAUCCUUCAAAAGGUUCCAAACAAUUAUGAGACUGACUUGAUUUAUCCCAUUAUUGAGAAGGCCUCAGAACUGGCAAAUAUAUCAUAUGCUCUAGCUGAUGAUCAGACAAAAAUGAACCUUAAAAUUAUAGGAGAUCAUUUGCGCGCAAUUGUAUAUCUCAUAUCAGAUGGAGUACUCCCAUCAAAUAUUGGUAGAGGCUAUGUGGUCCGCCGGCUCAUUAGAAGGGCUGUUCGUUCUAGCAGGUUGAUUGGUGUAAAGGGGGAUGGUAAAAGUAAUCUAGAAGCAGCAUUUUUACCUGCCAUUGCAGAGAAAGUAAUAGAAUUGAGCACUUAUGUUGAUUCAGAUGUGAAGACUAGAGCAUCCCACAUUCUUGAAGAGCUACAAAGGGAAGAACUUCGUUUUGUGCAGACACUGGAGAGAGGAGAAAAGUUGCUUGACCAAAUGCUAGCAGAUGCAUUAUCAAGUGGUCAUAAAAAUGGAACUGUACCUUGUUUAUCUGGAAAAGAUGUAUUUCUUCUAUAUGACACAUAUGGAUUUCCAGUUGAGAUAACAGCAGAAGUUGCUGGAGAACAUGGUGUCAAAAUAGAUGCAGAUGGUUUUGAGAUUGAGAUGGAAAAGCAAAGGCGACAAUCUCAGGCUGCACACAAUGUUGUUAAAAUUGCAGUGGAAAAUGGAGAUCUUUCUGAAAUUGUUUCUGAUACUGAAUUUCUAGGGUAUGACAUGCUUUCUGCAAGAGCAAUCAUUGAAAGUCUCUUGGUAAAUGGGAAGUCAGUGAUACAGGUGGCUGAAGGAAGUGAAGUAGAAGUUUUGCUGGAUAAGACGCCAUUUUAUGCAGAAUCUGGUGGUCAAAUUGGGGAUCAUGGUUUUCUAUAUGUUACCGGAGGUGAAAGCAAACCUGUAGCUGUUGUGGAAAUAAAAGACGUUCAAAAAUCUCCAGGCAAUGUAUUUAUUCAUAAGGGCACUAUCAAAGAGGGAGUUCUAGAGGUUGGCAGAGAAGUAGAAGCUGCAGUAGAUCCAAAAUUGCGACAGCGAGCCAAGGUUCAUCAUACCACUACUCAUUUAUUACAAUCUGCACUAAAGAAAGUUAUUGGCAAUGAAACAUCACAAGCUGGUUCACUGGUGGCUUUUGAUCGUCUCAGGUUUGAUUUUAACUUUCAUAGACCGCUUCUUGAUACUGAGCUGGAGGAAAUUGAAAGAUUAAUAAAUGGAUGGAUUGGGGAUGCAACACUUCUUCAAACCAAGGUGAUGUCACUUAAUGAUGCCAAAAAAGCGGGGGCUAUUGCAAUGUUUGGAGAAAAAUAUGGAGAACAGGUGCGAGUUGUAGAGGUUCCAGGUGUAUCGUUGGAACUUUGUGGAGGAACCCAUGUCAGCAAUACUGCCGAAAUACGUGCUUUCAAAAUAAUCUCAGAGCAGGGAAUUGCAUCAGGAAUCAGGCGUAUAGAAGCCGUGGCCGGUGAAGCUUUCAUUGAAUACAUAAAUGCAAGAGAUGCCCAGGUGAAACGUCUUUGCUCCACUCUCAAGGUGAAAGCUGAAGAGUUGACAUCCAGGGUGGAAAAUCUCCUAGAGGAGUUACGAAUUGCAAGAAAUGAAGUUUCAGCAUUGCGUGCAAAAGCAGCAGCGUGCAAAGCAUCAAUUAUUGCAAGCAAGGCAUUCUUAGUGGGAACUUCAAAAAAAAUUAGGGUUCUAGUUGAAAGCAUGGAUGAUGUUGAUGCUGAUUCACUUAAGAGUGCAGCUGAAUAUCUGAUUGAUGUGCUACAAGAUCCAGCAGCUGUGGUUUUGGGCUCCGGUCCGGAUAAGGGGAAGGUGAGUUUAGUUGCUGCUUUUACUCCAGGGGUUGUUGAUAUGGGUGUUCAGGCAGGAAAAUUUAUAGGGCCUAUAGCAAAGUUGUGUGGUGGAGGAGGUGGUGGCAGGCCUAAUUUUGCUCAAGCAGGUGGGAAGAAACCUGAGAAUUUAUCAAGUGCCUUGGAAAAAGCUCAAGCAGAUCUUAUUUCAAUUCUAACUGAAAAGGCAAGUUGAGUAGUUCUCUUAUUCUAAAUGAUGCGUGAGGAUAUCCUUUAGAAGUGUUAAAGCAAUACGUCUGGGUUAGACAUACUUCCAUUUUUUUUUCUUUUCACAUGUCCAAACAGCUAUAGAUUAGCCUAUUGUAAUAACAAUUUUUUUAUUGAAAAAAAAUGAUGUUCAGAAUAA